AUGUCUGCUAAAGGAAGCACACAACUUGUAAAUAUUAUAGAACUCUUCAAGGACUAUACUCAUCCUUCCCGUAACUGCUAUGGAAAAAAAUUAGAGGGAGCUCCCAACUUAAAGUCCAUGAGUUCUUCAAUCUGUCUUGCUUUGUCUGAUACAGACAUGGGUAAAGGUAGCGUCAAAUCAAUACUAUGUCUUGCUCAGGAAAACAUUCUGAAACCGUGGAGUGAAACACUUGAUGAGUUUUUGGUGGUCAUUGAUGGCAUUAAGGAACAUCUUAAUGAAAUAGACCUUCUGUAUGCUCUAAGUGCUUUUGCAUUUGCAAAAGGUGAUGCAGCAGGUUUGGAGGAAGUGCAAAAAUUAGCGAUCGAGUACCAAUGUCUUCCCAAUGCUGGCAUUUUACUGAACAUCCUUGGGGUGAUGUUUAGUGAAAAUAGAAUGUAUGAGAAGAGUAAAGAAUGUUUUGAUGUAGCUGCGAGUUGGUUUUGUCGCCAAAAAGACAGUCUGAAGUGUGCAAUUGUUACUUUGAACCAAGCAGUUCUUAACAGAGCUUUGGGGGACUAUAAAAUGGCACAUGGUCUCUCUGUCACUGCAGCCACCUCGUGUCUUGAAAUUUCAACAGAAGAUGUUCACCUGCUACUUAAGUUGCUUACAAGAAUUGCUGGAAUGUUGAAAGAGUUUGGAAACCAGCAGAUGAUCCAUGCCCUGUGGAAUGUUGCACUCUCUGGCAUUAGUGGUGCCAAUGGUACAUCUGAUUUACCAAUCCUGUUGAUGAAAAUACAGCUUGGAAAGGUUCAUGUUGAAGAAGUACCAGAUUUACUCUCCCAUUUAUAUGUGUUGCUGGAUAAUCCUGUUUCAGGAGAUCUAAAUGCUGAGCUUUUGAAAGGAGUUAUGAUAACAGCAGAUAGCUAUCACAGUAUUGGGCACAAUCAAGUGGCCUGCAAUUUACUGAAGAAGUUGAGAAGUGCUUUCCUGUUGUGUCAUGGUCAAAAGAGUUCUCUUUAUGGGUCACUGCUUUGCCAAAUUGGUCGCUUCCUUAUUGCGUCUGGAAAGUUUGAUGAAGCUGCAGAUACACUCAAAAAUGCCAAAGAAAUUCUUAACUGGUAUUUUGGCGAAGGGCACCACAUGGUAGCAUUGUGCGCAAAUUUGUUGGGUCUCUGUUUCUUGCUGAAUGGUAACACCAAAGAGGCCUUAAAGCACCUGAAUGAAGCUCUGGCAAAGUUCAGGGAGCUAAAUCCUUAUCAUCUAGAAAUAGGAGGGAUUCUUCUAAAACUUGCCCUUUUGAGUAUUCAAGAGGGGAAUUUCCAGAAUGCCCAAGAUUCUAUUCAAGAGGCUUUGGAUCUCCUUAUCUCAGCAUGUAGCAAGCAGUCUCCUAGGACAGCCAUUGGACACUUCCAAUCGGCCAUGUUCUUCCUGAAAGAUGAGGUUCUCUGGAGUUUUGCAGAGGAGAAACUGUUAAAUGCUGUAAACAUUUUUGAAGAACUUGGACUGGAAACUCACCAUUCAGAUGUCUUGGUGUGCCGUAGUUUGCUUGGUGUCCUACAGAUCUUGUUGGGUAGAAGUGAGGAGGCAGAAAAGAACUUUGAGGAAGUUCAGCAGCAGUUAGUCUUCAAUGAUAAAUCCUGUCUGAAAUGUAAAUUUAUUCCUGCUCCUUCGUUCAGUUUACUUGUACCAGCAGUAACAGUCGGUCUAGACACUUCCUUUUAUCAAUAUGCGAAGGUUGUAUCUCUUGUGAAUCUGGUGCACAUGAAAACGGGCUGUGAAAAACUCGACUAUCUUCAUGCACUCAUCAGCUGUUUGGAGGAGAAUAAAAUGGAUGAGCUAGAAAUAUGGGAUUUUGGAGGCCAAGAUAUUUAUUACAUUUCCCGUAGACUGCCCGUAUCUGACAAACCUGUAGUCUUUGUAUUAUCCUCGGAUCCCAAGGCAGUGCAUUUAGAUUCUAGUGACACAAAGGACUCAAACUUGUUCUUAUCCUCUGUAAAUAGCACAUAUUUCGUCUUGUUUUUGAGAAUUCCACACAUUUUUCAAGGAGCUGUUAAGUUCUUAGACUCUGCCCUUUAUCAGGCAGUUGUGACAAUGUGUUUACAAUCAACUUUCCAAGCGGAUGUUUUUAUGCGAAACGAUUUCUAUAGAGAACUGGUAGUAUCAGCACAUGACAUUUUCUCUCUUUGUAAAGAGAUUGACUGUUUACCUCUUCAUGUUCAACUGGAAUUAUCAGAACUGCAAGAACAAAGUGACAACUUUGACUUGAAUUCUUGGCAGUCUUCAGUGAAAUUUAUCAAGCCGUCAUUGCAAAUGUCUUACCUGUCCUGUGAAUGUUGUAACCAACGUGAGGCUGAAGUUCUUUUUGACCAUUUGAUUCUUAAUAACUUUCAUGAAAAAUUGUGUUUGUCAGUAAAUGGGUUUAAGUGUGUAACUUCUAAUGUUUGGCCAGUGCAUAAUGUAGCGUGUUUUGUUUUUGAAAAUCCCAGGAAAUCCUUAAUGUCUCUUUUUGUGGAGAAUAAGACAGUUAUUGUAAAAUGUUGCUCAACGGAAUCAGAUGUCACUUGCUUUUUUUCAGUAGUACAAAAUGCUCUGCAAAACACACUACAGUCUUUAUCUGACAUCAUCACAGUAAACUUUGUACAGUCUUUAUGGUUGCCUUGCAAGGAUCUUGGCGCUAAUGGUGGUGUUGAAGAAUCUCCUGGGAGAAACUGCACUUUGGAUGGGACCAGUCAUAGACUCUGUUCUGGUUUCACGUCAGAAACUGAGAGUUCAAUGCCAAGUGCAUGCAGCAGAGAUGGAGAAUCAGAUGUCAUGGUAAAACCGACUGUUGGAGUGCUGCCGAACAAGGUAGAUGGUUCAUCUAACUGUUUUAAAACAUGUAAUUUCCUUUGUCAAACUGCUCCUAAGGCUGUAAUUUCAGUAAGCCUGUGAGCAGGUUUCGUAAGUGGAGUGAGGUGAUGCAAGCCGAACAUAGCCUAGAGGAGAAAAAAAGGCGGGGGAGCCUGUAGACUGAUUUAAUGCCGCCCAUUUGCAAAUAACAGGCAACACAUAUGGCAGCGGCAUGUCAAUAAGGAAUUAAGACCUGUCAAAUUAUUGUUUUGGCAUUUGAAUGCGUCAGCUUCAAUAACAUUUGCGCACACGUGGGUAUUUUUCACGGAAUGAGGAAUAUAUUCGUUCAAUAUUCAUUGCUUACUUGUCAACAGUCAGCAAUGUGACCAAUCAGAUCGUGAUACCAGAAUCUGGUAUCAUAGAUGGGCGGCAUCAAAACAAAGUCUAUUGGCUCCCCCGCCUUUUUUUCUCCCUAAGGCCACGCUUGGCUUGUUUUGUUUGCCAAUUUUCUCUUUCACCCCGCUCCACUUGGGAGCCUGUUUGAAGGCCAUUUCUGUAGUGAGAGUGUUAGAGUCGGACUAUCAGAGUCGUGAGAGUGCAUCAGUAAUAACCGGCAGCCAGCUUUUUUAGCCUGCUACCGAGUAAAAUAAGCUGGCUACCAUUAGUUUGAAAGUGAGUCAAACAUAACAAAUUUAGGAGGAUUUGGGGGGAUGAAUACUUUCCCUGAGAGACCAGCUUCUUAAAACCUUAUGAAGGCCCUGGUGCAUACAUGUAUGACCUCGUGAAAAUCGUAAAUCGGAGUCAUAAGGGGUAAGCAUGAUGGAAUAGGCGUCAUAAAUGGUUUCAUAAACUUGUCGGUUCAUAAGGAGUUUCAAGAAUAAGAACCACAGGGCAUGCGGGGCAUGCUAUUAUUUGUUUAUACUACUGCCCGCCAAAGAUUAGUAAUUUUCACAUGUAGGUAUUUCAAAUUCAGCUGAAAUACCAUUGCUCUAAGCCAAUCAAAUUGCAGAAAUUUCUCAUGUAGUCACAAACUCCAGUAUUCCAUUGUAAUAUAAGCAAUAGUGUGAUUGCUGGGAAGUAAACCAAUUAGGUCAAGUAUUACAAUUCCAACAACAUCUUUUUCACACGUUUGUUUUCUUUUUCCACAAAUAUAUACAGCAAAGUGGGUUGUCUUCUUUUCACUUUGACAAUGAUCAAAGGAUGAAGGAGGCGUUAAGGCCAAUACUGUAGCUUAUAAAUGUUAAUAAUGUCACUUUCUAAUAAUGCAACUAUUUAUUAUUUUGAACUGGAACAAGGAGGUUAGAAUGAUCUGACCGGUUUCUAUCCACGGCCUGCAUUGUGGUCUGACCAAGCUAUGAACCGGAUCAUCCCUUCUCUGGCUGGUACUCUAACAAAUGUGUUAACCAUGUAGAGGUUUAUCAUGAUUAUCUGGGUAUGUUGUGAUGGCUGGAGUGAUAUUUUGUUAAUGAAUGUUUUAAGACAGUACUCCAAAAAAUAUUCAGAACCAAGACAUGCUAAUGACUGACUAGUUUUUCUUAAUAGGUUGUGGAAGCCAGGCCUCUUCUUAGCCAUCCCUGUGAUAAGUUAGGAGCAGACAUAGAUGUUUGUUUGUGCCUUCUGGAGUGUCUUCUGAGACAAACCAGACCUGCAUCCCCUACAGAAGAAGAGCCGAUGGUAUCAUCUUCCUUUGGCAGUUGUUAUAGUGACUUUCAAGUCAAUCAGAACCAUUCAAUCUCAUCUUCACUCAACUCAUUACCGGGAAGUCCUUCAAUAUUCCCAGAAUCUGAUGAUCUUGUCACACCAAAGGAGCCAUUUUUUGGUAGUUUGUCACCUGAUAGAAGUCUGGCAGGAGGAGUUUCCAAUUUUUGUCCUGACCAAGGUGAUUCAGAAACCUCUACUUAUAGGCACUUGUCAAAUCAUGAGGAGGCAAAUGGAGGAGUCAGUCCUUCCACUAACACAAAGGAGACAGAGGAUCUAAAAGAUUUACAUGAAUUGCAGUCAUCCAGCUCUCGAUUUAUUGAUGUAAAUGAAAAAAACUUGAGUUCUACUGUAGGCCACAAAAAUGGAGCACAACAAAUUCAUGCAAGUGACACAGAGGCAUGUGUUGCAAAUGACAGCAAGCUUCUUACAAGCAGUCAGAAUGAGCAUUUGCAUGUAAACCAAAGUCAGAAGCAAGGCCCCUCGGUUGAACCUCUUGAAAGUAUUCCGAGAGCAUCAUGUGCUGCAGUUUCAGAGAAAAGUGUCUCGGAAGCUCUAACUAAUGAUUUUGAGAAUGGGAGGACAACUUUGCGGAACGAGUUCUUUGAUUUACAACAAGAGGUAAGGCAUCUUAAGGAUCAAUUAAAGAAAAGCGAAGAGGAGAAUCAGAAACUUCAAGUUGAACUGGGGAAAUAUCUGUUUCUUGAAGAAAAAGAAAAGCGCCGUGGAAAGCUCCUUGAUUGGGCAGCUUCAGUGCAAGAGCCAGGUCAGUGAGGUGUAACUGAAACUGCUGAACAGAAAUUAUUAGAACUGCUUCCUUAUUGAGAAUUUCAGAGUUGUGGAUAACAAUAAUUUUUAUUAAGGUCUUCUUUGAUUGAGGGGGAGAAGGGUGGUAUUAGAGGCAAUCAAAGAAGGGCAAAAGAAAAAGCAAAAAAGCAAGACUUCUGUAAUAAUUAUAGAGUAAGAGGUCCUUUAUUACUUUAGCAGUGACAAUAAAAUCCAACCUUUAAUUCCCUAGAGAGUCAGAAAUCAAAUUUAGAGGACAAUCCCAAAUUUCUUUGGUCAAAAUUAAUAAACUAUUACAGUGAAACUUAGUCAAGCUUUCGAAGGAGGAAUAAAAUUUGAACUUGAUGGUGUCAAUAUUUAGUUGAUUAUUGGUUUCAAUAUCCCGUUCUUCAGUUAAAGAAUUGAAAGACUUCAUUCAAAAAUUGCAUGUUGAUUGGAUUAGUUGACAUCACUCAUCAAAGCGGAACGAUCCUGCAUUCCAGUUCUAGAUCCUGAAUUCUCCUGAGAAUUUUACUAAAUCUUUGGACAAACUAUCAAGUUCUUUGUGAAAUUUUAGACUUCUGAAAAAAUAAGAAGAGCUGUCUGUGUAUGAUGGCGUUAUUUGUCUUUAAGUUUGGACUUUCACAGUGUUUUCAGUUGAGAUAUUCCAGAUUGUUUUGAAUUUUCAAUUCUUCAACUAAGGCAGGUAGAGAGUGUUAAGGUGUAUUGUAAUCACUGGAGAUAUAGCUUGCAGGGCUGUGCCCUUCGUGUAGCAGUGCCCAGUGGCCCUUGGUGCCUUUCAUUAAUUUUGCUCUUGGUUGUCUUGGAAGUCUUAGGGCACUUACCAUGAGUCAGAACUGGCUGGCCAAUCCAGUCUAGUCAUAAAGAGAAUUUCACUAUUAAUCAGGACGGUCCAGCCAGGUUUGUCUAUUCCUAAAAAGUCUACAUGACAGGUAAGAGUGAAUGAACUGACUCCAGAAAAGCCUAUUAAUUUUAAUUUUCAAAAUGGUUGAUCUGGCUGAUCGGUUCUGACAUUUGGUAAGCCCCCUUAGUUAUUUUACAAAAAUCACACACUGGGCACCCUAGAUUUCACAGGUUCAGAGUACUGGGCUACCCUUUAUUUUUUUCUUCGACUGAGGGACACUGCUAGUAAAAGAAUGUGUGUGCGUUAAGCUAGAAGAGUGUAGCUUUGAGCAAUUUAGUCAACUGUAGUUAUUGACCAAGGUUUUUCACUAUUUUUUUUGACCAGUGUCUUCACCUUUUUUUCUUUAAGGGUCAGAAAUUCAUUCUGGGCAGGGCUUGUCAGCAAGAGAAGAUAGAUUAUCAACCCAUGUAAGGAAUUCAUCUGAGCGCACAUCUGCACAAGAUUGCAGUUUAAGUCCACAACCAAACAGAUGUGAAAGGAAGCAGCAUAACAUUGCAAAUGGAGCUUUGUUACCUACACAUAUUGCAGUAGAUUCUGUGCACUUGCAGGGUGUUGAAGAAAACGUUAAAUCAUUAACAACAGAGGAGUUCGAAAUUGAACAGAAUCAAAAUUCAUCACGUGCAUUCAUUGAAAGUUCAACGGAAACCAGCAGUGACACCGCUGUCUCAAGUGCGAAUGAAAAAAGCAGUGGAUCAUCCAUGAAAAGUGCUCUCAGCACUGAAGAAUUUCCCCAGUUCCCCACCCUUACCUCUGAUGGUUAUUUGUCAGAUUCUAGUGAAAGUUCGUUACUGUCAUCUAGUUUUGAGCAGGCUGCAAUGGUGGCUGAUUCUAGUUGCAACUUGCAGUGUUCAAGUGAUACAGCUGAUGGCUCACCAAUUUUGACAUCACUCACUAGUGAGGCUUUAAGAAAUGAAGAAAUCCCUCUUGACCCUAACACGAUUUGUUCUGAAGAGAAGAUUGAAGGCAGAUCUCCAAAAUUUGGUAAUGCAGAUGUGGAGUGUGAUGGCUCUCCAAUAUUUGCAUCAGUUCAAUCUUAUUCAAUGUUUGAGAACAGUGGCUGGAACACGGCUAGCCCUGAACGAGAGCUUUUAGAUAAAACAACGGAGAGGUCUGAACGUGAAGAAAUCGAAGAAGGAAAAGAACUUAUUGAUUCUUGCGAUAGAGCAAGAAAAACAGUACUGUGUGCCUCAAGUGGACAUGCAGGAACAGAUUCUUCAGGCAAUUUUGCUAGUGGGGUUGUUACAACUCAAAGCAUUGCAAAUACGGGAAACUUUUUUUUAACACAGAAAGGUGCUUCAUCAGCUGCAGAAAGACAACUUAGGAUAUCACCAUCAGAUGCAAAAGAUUGGGAGCGUCUAGGUGCUAGACCGAAGCUUGCUCAACGUCCACAUAUUGAACCAGAGCCAACAGAGCCUGUUGUUUAUAUAACUGAUGGCUUAGCUGGUGAUUUCUUAGCAAGACACACCCAAGACAAGGCCCUUCAUGACAGUAUCUGUCAGACUGAUGUUGUGCCAUUCUUUAAGGACAUUCCAUCACAGGGGACUUCCUAUAUCGAUGGUAAUAUGUCUCAAUCUAACAGAUUCCAGGCCACAUCUGGGACAUUGCCAUAUGAUGGAAUUGGAAGUCCACUUGUAAGUAGGUCUAAUGGGCUCUUGGGUGGCUUCUCAAAUGCGGAACCUUUCAGUGACAACUCAGGACCUUGGCCCAGCCAUUUGGGAAAUGGUUCUUUCUCAUUUUAUAGUAACUAUUUAUCAAAAAAUACUUCAACUGCUGCAGACAACUUUUCUCUUCAAAGUGAUUUUGUACAUAGUAGUCAUAGAUUUGCAGGAGUUGACCAUUUUGACGGACAGACUUAUUUCCCGUCAGCACAGCAAACGCCAUAUCCUCCAAUGGCAAGUGACUCUGUUCUAAAUAGUCAUGCAGGAAUGACUGGUUCGUGUUUUGCUGACCCUUCACGGACAGGUGCAGCACUAACUCUACCUGGGGAUCAUGUACAUAAUGCACCAAGAUUUAAUAGCUUUUCAAGUGAGCAGCUUACGGACCCUGCUCAUGAUGCAAAUAGGUUUGCUGGUAAUGACAACGCUUCAGCUUUUAUUCCUAAUCAGGGCACAGAUGAGCCAGCUCAGAAAACAAAUUUAGCGCUUGGAAAUUCAAGGACAACAACUGGAAACAUUGAUGAUGAUGCAAAUUCAGCUGCACGGUAUCAGCUUGGAAAUUCCACUUCCGAUAGUGGUUUGGCAGCCAGAUCUACUCAUGAUACAUCUGUUUUAGAACCACGUCUGGGUGACACAGACAACAGUAGAGUUUCUGUGUUAAACAACACAGACUUUGGUACUGAUUCAAUAGAGGCCUCGGACAACUCGUUACUUGCUCUUGAACGGCGUGUUGCAGAAGCUUGUGCCCUUGUUGAACGCGUUCUUCGGGAGAGAGAGGAACGAGAACAGUUUGGAAGGGAGAUAGAAAGGAAAGAACAGUUAAUAAGAGAACAAAGAGCUCGAGAAAGACGGGAGAGAGAAGAAAGAGAGUUACGGGAAGCCGAAAACUGGCCACAACAACAAGAGGCCAUCAACGCACGAUCACAGUGGUUAUGUGAACAUUAUCAGCGGCACUGCAGAGUACGAUUCCCUUGUUGCACACAAUUCUAUCCAUGUCAUCGCUGUCACAACAUCUCAAAAGCUUGUGACAAUGAAGAGGCUAAAGCUUGUCAUGCCACUCAUCUGAAAUGCUCUCACUGUCAGCAUGAACAAGAGGUAAUUUUUAUUUCAUUUUACACUUAAAUAAAUUAUUAAAUAAUGAAGACUCGAUUACCAGUGAGCCGCUGUUAAGGAAAUGUCUUUCUGGAGACCAAAGUUCCAUUUUGAAUCAGAAUGGUCAGAAUUGUACCCUGGGUGCCAGAGGCUUUUCAUACGCGGUUCCCGGUUUCGGUCAAGUCUUAAAAAGUGACCCGCGUGAGAAAAAACCAAAACGAAGCUCCCCCUCGCACGCGAGAAAAAACCUGUGGUACCCAGGGUAUCAGAAUUGUGGUCUGUGAUAUAAAAUUCAAUUGAAUGACAUUCUCCAGAACUUGUUUUUUUUUUGUCUUUCUUUUAAUUGUUUGUCUCCAUUGAGAAAUUUUGUAAAGAUAGUUCGACUCAAAGGUUAGGGUCACAGUGAUUUUGUUACAAAUAGUUAUCGUGACUCCUGGAACUCAUCUUGUGAAAAAAUAUGAGUCCCUGUCCAUAACCAAUGAGUCCCAGUUCAAAAAAAGAAUUAGUGCUAAAUUGAAAAUGCUUGGGCCUUUAUAUAACCAGACAGUUAUAUCAAGAGACAGACGCCAAAACUCUCUAUUACAGUUUACAGAAAUUAAAAUAUAGUCCUUCUAUUUAUUUAAAGCACAAAAAAGACUAAAAUAAUUAUCUUAUCUCAUCUUUAAACUACAGCCACAGAAAUACACGAACAGGAUAUUCUAUCAAAAAAAUCUUCAAUUUGAUCGAUUAAUCUUUGCGUCGUACACAAUGCUAUGAAUUACUUUGCAUCUUUGGGGAUUUUUCUGCGUCAGGGAUGCAGGACGUAGAAAAAUCACUGGGGUCAGAUUAUGCAAGGUUAGGAAACACCGAGCAUUGAAAUUACCGAGCAGGAGAUGAAAAAUCGUGUUGUUUUUUUUUAAUUUUUUUUUUUCAUUCCUUGUCUACAGGUAACAUUGUUAGAUACAAGAGAAAAUGAGCUAGAUCAUUCUCUCUUGGUAGAUAAGAAAGCUGACGGAAUUGUUGUCGCCAAAAGCCUUUUAUUUUCAAGAAAAAUAAUAAUAUGAUCGGUUUCUGUGGUGGAGGUCUCAAAAUGGCCUAUUUUCAACCUCAAACUCACUAAGAUUAAGUCUUCUGGCGUUCGCGAAAAAAAGCCGCGCGAUAGAUUUGGACACUUUCCAUCACGAGAAAAACCCUUUUUCUUUCACCGGAAAAGAAUUUUGGGCUUUUUCGAGACACCUCGGGCGGACAUAUUUUAAGAUCAAAUAAAGAACAGGUUUUCAAGAAAACAAAAAUUUUAUUUUAAUAGAUCUUACCCGCUGCAUUGUUUAUCUUGUGAUACCAGUUCAAAUUUUCCCAAUUCUUGUUUAAUGACACAUUUAGACCUGACAUUAAUCUAAAUCAUACUUAAGAACCUUUGGCCCAGCGAAACCGUGGGAGUAAUAAUGAUUAAAAAUUUAUAACCCGCCUUUUCCAUGUAAAUAUGAUUAAAAGCGCGUCACAACUAAUGCGAAAAGUCUAAAUUUCCUCGUUUCGAAAUGUUGCAGAGCGAAGUAUAUUAUUUUUUCCUCACUCUUAUUGUGAAUUGCCAGUAUUAAGUCUUUUUUCUCGGAAAAAAAGUGAGUACCAGAACUCUAGCGCGAUCGGCGAUCGAUGUUUUUUCAUCAAAGCACUGUCGCAUCGAAAUCAAGAAUUGCAUUGCAUUACUACCGUGACAACGUGACUGACAUUUUGACCGGAAAAAACACAUUUUUGUCACUUUUCCUAGCCCUUGUUUUACUUCAUUGCUUAAAUGAUGAAGCGGAAUGUGUAUAAAAAUAUGUAAAUUAUAGACCACUUCGAGACUGCGGUGACGGCUUUCUGAGGUUAAAUAUUAGUGGACGGGUAUUCUGUAAUCUAGCCCAAAUGUUCGAUAUUUUACGGACUUCCGAGGCAAACGAACUUAACAAAAUGGCGACGGAAGACGAAGAUCUCUCAGCUUCUGUUAUAGUUUUGUAGAUUAUUUUCUGGAAUGGUCUUGUUUUUCGACGAGUAUUGCAUCGAACUACGAGGCUGAACAUUGAAAUAGCUGUACUUUAAAGUGUGCGAUGUUGUCGACGAAAGGGGAUGGUUUUAAUAGCUGGUUAGGUAACUCGACGUAGAAAUUGUCAUUUUACAAAGUAACAUGUAGAAAUUGUGCCAUUUUGUAUCGACUUAGGUUUUAGUCGUUCUUUCGGAGUUUUCUCUCUAUUUGUUCUGCUUUCCUGUCUUCAAAAUAAAGCUUGUGUCACAUUGGUUCGAUAUGUGAUAUUGGCUUUGAUGUAUGUUUCUGUUUGGAGUGAUUAAUGAUAUGGAAAUAAGUGACCCCGUAUCUGUCGUUUAGCAUAGAGUUAAUAUGUGGUUGAAAACUUGAGACAUUUUUUUUUGGUACCGAAUGCGAGUUAGCUUCAAGGAAAAUAUGUCCCAAACAGCCUUGGUCCGUUUUGACAUGGUACUUUUAAGAUCAAUGCCAUAAAAUAAAUUUCUGUGUUCUUAGUUAUUUUAGCGUCAUUUUCCUUCCCAGAAAUUCUGGAAAUUUGCCAGUUAAAGGGUUCAGCAUUUCAGAGUCGCUAAAAUUAUGCCAGUCUGGCUUUUGUUUUAUCUCACUCUGAUUAGAAAAUCAACUUUGCAAUGGGAAAACCUACAAGAAGUAUAAACUAUAACGGACAUUUAGGGUUCAGAUAUCUGCGUUUGUACGUUUCGAAAUUGGACGUUUUUACUCCCUGAAAUGUCCUAAACUUCAGAGCCAUCUUCCAGAGAUUUCAUUCAACAGCUCCGGCCAAUUUCCAGGUAUUUUAAUUCUAGAAAAUAACAGGCUUUUGGCGGGAACAACUUACAUUAGGUUUUUUAUCUAGAUCUAUGAUCAAAAGUUGAAAGAAAUCAAUUUGUCAACUCUUUCACGAAAUCAAGAUUUUUCUCGAUUUUUUUUCUAACCGUGGCUUUUUGUGGCGCAGGAAACAAUUGAGUAAAUGAAAUAAAAACAGCAACCAAAAAAAAAAAAACAAGGAAAAAAGAAACAUUGGAAAAUGCCGGUUUUGCGGAGGGACCGAACUUGUCCUGAUAGGAAAAGGCAGAUACGUGAAGGGCCGAGUCACGUUACCCACUAGACCGCUCAGGCAUCUCGUACAACUUCUCUGUUUAUUUAAGUACUGGCUGAGACGAGGCUCCUCGGGGGGUAAAAAUGGCGAAUUCCGGGAGCAAGAAAUGGAAGCCGAAAUAAAGGCCGCCGCCCAUUUCUCCCCUCAAUCUCCCACUCAGUUCGCUCCUUUCUUCGUGGUGGCCCCCGCUCUUUGUCCUUUUUCCUCAAUAAAGAGCCUGGUCCCAGUGCCGACCAGUGUUCCCAUUAUAUGACCCGCGAUUCAGGUGUAUGAUCACUAAUCACUGGCAACAUGACGUGACACGAAAAUGGCUUCCCUUAGAAAAACUAAACAAAAUCAAUUAAAUUAACUGGAAAAACCGUGGACGAAAAUCCUGCUGGUUAUAAACGUUGGAUCUCUAGGAAAAAACAAAACAAAAGCAAGAUUUUGCCCAAUGGAAUUUUCAGUUUUAACGGACAAAAUAUUAGGUGGAGAUGGAGAAUUUUUUUGUGUUAUAAUAUUGCUUCAUUUUUAGGGUUUUACGUGUGUCGUUUCAUCUCUCUGAUGAUACAGAUAAUAUUAAGCUGGCUUUAUAAUAGAUAUUUUUUUCGAGACAGUCGUAAUUUCUAUAUAAAAUCGCAAAUUUAAAGUUACUAAUAAAUUAAGUACUCGAGAUUCGGAGAACUCGGCGUUCGGUCUGUUCUAAAAUAUAAUUAUUCCUUGAAAAAAUUUGCGAUACAUUGUAUAUUUCUCUUGAACUUUUAAUGAUUUCUGUUCAUAAAAUCGUUGGAAAAUGCCGAGGAACAUAUUUUCAAAGGUUAUAGUAAAACAAAAUGUACAGUCAGUAUUUAUAAAGUACCGAAAACAUUGAAAACGUUUGGAACAAGUUGUAAAUAAAAACACCCUUAUUCUCGCAAGACUUUGUAUUUUUCUUUUGCUUAGGAUAAUCCUUUUAAAUUCGUGAAUUUCUGCGUUUUCGUAAAUGGAAAAUGCGUGCGGCGGAAGUAAAUUUGAUUGGUGGUUCGGCAAAUGUAAAUAAAUCAAAACUAAAAGUGGCGGACGUUUCAUGAACAUUUGUAAAAGGGGUUAUUGACCAUUUUCAAAAAUGUUCCACAAAAUCCUGUUGGACUUUUGGGGCGUUUCAGCGGAAAAUUUCCGUGAGCAACGGAACAUCCGAAAAAAAAUAUUCUUGAUUUUCGGACAGGAUGUUCCAAAGGAAAAUUUGUGUUUUUUUUUUCUUCAAAGUCAUCUUUGAAAUCAGUUUGAAGGUCUAUUCCGGGAAAUAAUUUACCAUUCCUGAAUUUUGCUUACCAUUUACCCUAACCGUGAACCGACCGGUUUGCCCAUAUAAAUGGUAAACAGCCAGGAUGUCUUGUUGAUCCGCCUUUCCGCCGGAAGGUUAUUUUCCUCAGUAGUGAAAUGAAUAUAGAGCCUGAUCACAAGACAAGGUGCCGUAACUGAUAGUUAUACGGUCAACUUCUGUUGUUACAGGAAUUUCUAAGGAAGAGAGCGAAAUCAGUUGUUCUUGAUUGGUCUUUGCCGGGUUUCAAUUAAAUGCAUUAGCCAGGCCGGAAAGAAGGAAACCCGAGAGGCGACAAGGCCGAGUGCUCAGCGCCUCAGUUUUGUAGUCCAAGGUUGUGCGCUCGAGUCCCCUGCUCGUUCGUUCCGAGUUUGCCUUGUGAAUGAGAUUAAGAUCGUAUUCAACUUUAUAUUUGUGUGUUGGGGGGAGGGGUGGGUAAGGAGAGUGGUCUGCUUUUGGAUCUUACUCCCAUGUUUAUAAACAUGCUAUUUGCCACCUCAAAAGCCUCUGGGAGACCAGGUAUCGUAAAUGGUUUGGUUGCCCCUUGCACUUGGGACUAAAUCCUCGAUUAAACUACUUUGUGAUUGUUGUCACAGAUUGGUGAAGAUAGUGCAAAGUGUCGUAAGUGUGGAGGGAAAAUGUCUGCUUAUUUCUGUGCCAUCUGUAAACAUUUUACCAGUGUGGACAAGAAUCCGUACCAUUGUGAAAAAUGUGGAAUAUGCCGGUAGGUCUACAUCCUUCUAGCAAAAUAACGAUUACCCUAAAUGGUCUAAUGUGUACUGGGAUAAACGUCAUAUUAGACGUCCCUCUUUACGCCCCCUGUCCAAUAGACGCCCUGCAUAAAAAUUGCUCCAAAAUACUAGGAAAUAGCGAAAUAGAGCAAAAUCAUUUAAUUUAUUCAGGCUGCAUCUUGUUCAAUGCCAAGGAUCCUGGCAUCGAGGUUGGAAUGUAAAAACUAUAUACAGUAAAAAAACAAAAGCCACCUUUUGUUUCAAGAACCAAUGCGCUUCUGGUUGGCACGUUAAUAUCAAUAAUAACCUUAGUGUGUUGCAAAAGGACAAUGGCACGAUGACGUCAUUUUACUACAACUACCAGAAUCCCCGAGUUUGUUGUUUCCUUGCGCAAAUUAAGGCUAUUGUUCCUUAAUCCUCAGCGGGAUUGACAAAUUUAAAUAACAAAGCAAAACCGAAAUGAAUUCUGGUAUUUGUAGUCAAAAAUUGUCCUAUUGUAUCAACACUUAACUUUUUGUCUUCCAGAAUUCACCAGGACAAGUCAUUCCACUGCGAGGUUUGUAAUGUGUGUUUAGACAAACGACUCGAGGGAAAUCACAAAUGUCGCCCAGAUUCAGGUCAUGAUGAAUGCUGUAUUUGCCUGGAGGUGAGUUUUAAUCUGCUGCGCUUGUUUCAAAUAGCAAUCAUAAGCUCCUCAUAAAUUUUUUAAGGAGUGUUUUUUUAAGUACAAGUUUAAUCCGAAAGAGUGUAGACGUCGAAACAGGAUGGUCGUAGAUGCGGUUUCAGUGACUUUUUUUCUUUUGAGUGAGUUGCUUUUGAGGGGUAGGAGGCUGGUUCAUAUCUCUAACGCUAGAGUACAUGUUCGGUAUAUGUUCUGUAAGGCUGCGGUUGCAGUAAAUUGCAAUGCUGAAACAACUGUCUUUUCCAUUAAUUGUAGGAUGCAUUCAGUGGUUGCCAGAUAUUACCAUGUUCACACAAGGUUCACAGAGAAUGUGCAAUUGCUAUGAUACAAAACGGCAUGUAA